GUCUUCUUCACAUCUCUUCGAUUCAUGUUCCAAUUUCCUCCGUUUUUCUCUAAAUUCUGCGCAAUUGCAUUUCUUUUUCUUAUUAAUUUAUUGAUCCGAUGUUUCGAUUGCUUUUCGUGUGUUUGAUUGAAUUAAGCUUCAGGGCAUCAAGGUCCUAGUACCUGAAUAGAAGUUAAAGAUAGUACAGAAACCGGAACUAAGGAUAGAUGUUUUCCCUACUUGAUGGACUAUGGAAGUACGCGUUCAGCAAGAUGGAGUUUCAUGUUCUUAUUCUUGGAAUAGACAAGUCCGGGAAAACAACAUUACUGGAGAAGUUGAAGUCACAAUACUCAAACUUGGAGGGUCUCCCACCAGAUCGAAUUGUUCCCACUGUAGGACUUAAUAUUGGCCGCAUUGAAGUUUCAAAUACAAAACUUGCAUUCUGGGACCUGGGAGGUCAGCUUGCUCUUCGCUCGAUAUGGGAGAAAUAUUAUGAUGAGGCACAUGCUGUGAUUUAUGUAGUUGAUGCUGCCUGUCCAUCCCGUUUUGAAGAUUCAAAAUCUGCACUUGAAAAGGCUCUGCGGCAUGAGGAUUUGCAAGGAGCUCCAGUGUUGAUACUAGCUAACAAGCAGGAUCUUGAAGAAGCCGUAUCAACUGAUGAACUUGCUCAGUAUUUGGACAUAAAUAAAUUGGACGGGCGAGAUUUUAAAUUUCAAGCUGUUUCAGCUUUUGACGGAUCGGGAAUAAAAGAGGGUGUAAACUGGCUGGUAGAUGCAAUGCAGAGAAGUAAGAGAACUGAAACUUUGACGCUUCGUGCUGGAAGCAAUGUUGUUUAGAAGUGAUCAAAUAUAACCAGAUCCCAUCCUUCAUAUAACUCUGUACAUAAAUCAUGGAUUAACCUUGAUGCUGCGCGACUGGUGCCCGACCUUGAUUGUUUGAAUGGUUUUUUCUUGCAACAAAGUUGUUUUGUGACUUCA